GUGUAAGGUAGUUCUGAGAGCAGAAUCCGACGAUACAACAUUUUUAUAUAUCUUCAUUUUCGGAAUUGCAUUACGAUAUCAUAAUCAUACUCACCGUGAGCCUCACCCCGCCAUCUUCCCAAGCCGAUGCAUAUGAUGCCAUGCAAAAUCAGACCUCGGCCCAAACUUAGCGGGACCAACCGAGGCUUCUAUGACAAGGGACCUUACUCGUACAAGAUGAAAGUCAUAUGCAAAACCAUCUGUUGUUCUAAAUUCAACAACCUCCCCAGAUUCUAGAAAUCUUCUUCGAACAAUUCAUCCAAAUCUGAUUGACCAUACAACAUGAAGCCCACACCUCAAUGGGUCAAGGACUUGAAGCCUUCGGCUCCUCAGGGAACGGAGCUCAUCAAAGCAGAAAGAGACAGCUCCAAGCUCUCGGUCGAUAAACUCUCCAAGUUCCUCUUCACCAAAGAAGUUCUGGACCGACAGGCCACCAUUCUGAAGAUCCUCGAGGCAGAGAAAGUCUUUGACAAAUCCCGGAAUUAUUUCGAUGGCCGUCAGGACCGUUUUGUCACGGCAUUGGCGAGAGCGAAGCGUCUAAGACAAUUACAGGUUAAACACAACUGGACCCAAGAUGAGUUCUACUGUGCCAGUGACCUAAUUAGCGAGCCAGGACCGUAUGGUCUGCAUGCCACCAUGUACUUGGUAUGUACAACGCUCUACCCCCUUCUCCUCACUUUCCGAAUCUUACCAACAGCUGCGUAUAGACAACCCUCCGUGGCCAAGGAACUCCUGAGCAACACAAACUUUUCCUCGAACCUGCAGAAAACUACGAAGCUAUCGGAUGUUACGCACAAACCGAGCUUGGGCAUGGAAGUAAUGUGCGAGGAUUGGAAACCACUGCCACCUGGAAUCCAGAAGAUAAGACAUUCACACUUCACUCCCCACACCUCACAGCUUCCAAAUGGUGGAUUGGUUCAUUAGGAAGAACUGCAAACCAUGCUGUGAUUAUGGCUCAAUUGAUCAUUGCCGGGAAGCCAUACGGGCCACAUCCAUUUGUAUGCAAUAUUAGAGAUAUGAAGACUCAUGAACCGUUGGAAGGUAUCCACGUUGGAGACAUUGGACCAAAGUUUGGCUACAAUACCAUGGUAAGCGGCCCAUUUUCCUUGCUUUAAUAUAGUCAGGAGCCAAUUCUUUGGUCUGCUUUCUUCGGCUCUCUUGUGUGCAAACAUAGCGCUGACAUGUGAUAGGAUAAUGGAUUUUUGCUAUUGAACCAAGUUAAGAUUCCUCACGUCAACAUGCUGGCCAAAUAUUCAAGGGUAGACCCUGAAACCAACAAAUAUGUCAAGCCAAGCUCCCCAAGUUUGAUCUAUGGUACUCUUACCUGGGUGCGAUCAACAAUUGUUCUCGACUCUGGAAAAGUACUCGCUCGAGGUGUUACCAUCGCAACGAGAUAUGCUUCCGUGAGAAGACAAUUUCAGGACCGCGAUGCUCCGUCAGGCACAUCUGGCGAAAACCAGGUGUUGAACUACAGCAGUGAGUUACCACAACACUUUUCCCCAUGAAAGAACAAAAGCUGACAAUCUGUCGUUUAGUGGUUCAAUACAGAUUGUUGCCUUUGCUCGCAGCAACAUUUGCGUUGCAUUUCACCGGCAAGGCUAUGAUGUCUCUUUAUCAAGAGAACCAGAAGAGAAUGGCAUCUGCUACAACAGAUACAACCCGAGGUGUCGGACCAGAGGAAUUACAAGCUGGAAGUGACUUGAUUGCAGAUCUACACGCCACGAGUUGUGGCCUCAAAGCUCUGGGAAGUACGAUUGCUGGCGAGGGUCUAGAGGUAUGCAGAAGAGCUUGUGGUGGACAUGGUUAUAGUAGCUUUGGAGGUAUUGGCGCAUGGUAUGCCGAUUACUUACCUACUAUGACCUGGGAGGGAGACAACUAUAUGCUUACUCAGCAAGUUGCUCGAUACGUAAGUUUAUUUGAUUGUUGACUAUCAGUUGAUUUCAGUGCUAACAACCCACGAAGCUUCUGAAAUCUGCCCGGGCUGUCCUGAAGGGCAAUGCACCAACCAACGACACCACCAAAAUCUUCAGCACAUUCCUUCAGAAACAAGACAUGGGUUGUGCGCAUGAUGUUCUCGGUUCCGAUUCUGAUCUUGUUGCUGCCUUUGCCUGGCGUACCUCUUACCUAACAUUUGAGGCCCUCAAGCACAGGGAUCUCGAGAAGAACUCUUGGAAUUCUUUGCUGGUUGAUUUCUGGCGUCUCUCCACUGCUCAUUCGCAAUAUCUCGUGGUCAAGAACUUCUACGAUGUUCUCCACUCCGAAAGCUUACAAUAUGAGCUUGACCCAGCCACCAUCGACGUCCUCCACAAGCUCUUCCGUCUCUAUGCCCUCGACACCCUCGAGAAGGAGGCGUCAGAGUUCUACUCAUCUGCUGCAGUGACAGUUCGUCAAAUCCAACUCGCAAGAACCAAGAGUGUCAUGAAACUCCUGGAGGAGAUCAGACCUCAUGCUCUCAGACUUGUCGAUUCGUGGAACUUCCCUGAUUGGCAGCUGGACUCAUCUUUGGGACGCAAGGAUGGAAAGGUUUACGAGGAUUUGUUCUACCGUGCUUCGGAACUCAACCCUCUGAAUGGUUUGACUAUCGAUCCCUACCCAAACAAUGACACUUUGGUUACGAGGGAUGAGACCGCACAGUUUAAGGCUAAGUUGUAAAAUGUAGAUAUAGAUUAGACACCACUUCUUUCAUACAGAUUUUGUAUAGAUAAGAAUCGAUUUUUUUCCCCAG